ACUUCUACUGUGAAGCAGACUGCGAUUAGAGCCACUGCCUGCGCCGCGUAAUUUCAGGGCAUGCGCAAAGCCAGGGACCCAAGUUGACCAACUGUAAAACAAUUGGUUGGGACUAAAACUACUGAUUGGCCGGCGAGCUGUAGGCACCAGUGAAAUCGCCUGCGACUGUUGCAAUUCACACACCCUCACGACACAAAACCUGGCUUUUCCCAACCAACUGUAAAACACUUGCCCCAGGUUCUAGAAACUUGGGUCCCUGGCUGGGUAUGUUGGCAAAUAGAAUCUGAGGAAGAAAAUAGCUGGCAGCUUUGAGGGUCGCAGAAUCAGGUCGUCUGAUCCUGUCGUUACCUGGUUUUUACCAGGUCGUUACCUCGUUACUCUCUGGAAAUGUUCUGGAGCAGCAGUGCGACGAAGGUCGCCUGUGGCUCUGCGACAUGCGAGUCGCAGGGACCCGUCGCAUGUCGCCCGCUCUCUACGGACGAAGAGCUCUGGUGUCGUGCGAUGGAAAUGGGAACCGGGCUAGGCGUCGUCGGUCUACAGUUUUCCGGGCAGAUUUCUAUCGAUCAGGUCCAGCAAGCAGCGAAAGAGAUUGGGUCGAAACUUCCUCUGCUGCUUGCCCGAGUUGUCGGGCAGGGUAAAAUCGGCGGUCCCCUCCAUCUCCACUUGUGCCGGGAUCCGAAACCUAUUACUGUAGCUGCCCGGAGCAUGGAUGACGUGGCAGCUUGGGAGGCUGCCGCGCCAUUGGACAACGAGCAGCGCAGCGUCGUGGACGGGAUAGAAUCUGACGUGGCAGAGAAGGAGCAAGGGAGUGAAACAGAGGGGGGAUUGGCAGCACCAGACAGUGGUCGUGGUGAGGGGGAGGGUUCCACGUCAGCAUCGGAACCAGGAGCUGAGGUUUCCACGUCAGCAACAGAACCAGGAGCUAAGGUUUCCACGUCAGCAACAGAAUCAGGAGCUGAAAGAUUAUCUGUGGUGCCUGAAGUGACAAAUGGCGGUGAAGAAGAGGAGGACGAGGAGGACGCGUUUGAGGAUGCGGAGGAAGGUGCUGACGAUGAUGAUGCUGGUGAUGACGAUAAUGAUGGUGGUGAAUUCCAGGAUAGUAGCUCCACAAGUGAAGCUGUUACUAAAGCGGAUGAUCUUCACAGGAUAGUGGAGAUGGAGUUAAACCAGCCAAUCACAGCAGCGCAUGGAGAAGCGCCAGCAGACGCCUUGCAGAUCCACGUGUACCACCUCCCCCUCUCCACCUGCCUGGCUCUGCGCUGCCAUCGAGCCAUUGUGGACCGGCCAGCCGUGCGCGUGCUGGCCACUGCCCUUGUGUCUGCCCUGCACCACGUGCAGUCUGCUGUUGCUGCUGCGGCUGCUGCUGCUGCGGCUGCUGCUGGCGAUGGUGGAAAUGGACCACCAAGACUAGAGGAGUCCGCUUCCCUCCCUCCUCCGCUCUCCUCCCUCAUCCCCAAGCCAUCUGAAUCCCUCUCCUACCUGGCAAAGGGCCUCUCCCAAGCGUACGACGCUAUGGCAUAUGUGCGCAACGCCAUGGCGUCCUCCCACCCGCCUUUCCAGCCCGGCCGGGCCGACUGCAGGAAGAACCAGUUCCGCUCCUCCUUCUCCUGCCUGCGGUUUGACAAGCAAGAGACAGAGGGCCUCCUCUCCUCCCUCGCCUCUCAAUCCUGCUCGCUCUUCAGCCUCGAGUGCGCUGCGGCGCUCAAGGCGGUGGCGGAUGUGAAGCAGCUGGGCAGCAGGACGCAGACGUUCAAUGUCACCAGCAUCAUGAACUGCAGAUCACUCUUGGACCCACCUUUACCACCAGACGCCAUGGGGGUGUUCACCUCGGGAUUGCCGCUCAAGCAGCCGGUCAAUCAGGACCUGCCGCUAUGGGAUGUGGCUCGCACUGUGGAUGCUGACCUGGCAGCUGCUGUUGGGCAGAAGAAACAUUUCACCGACAUGCCCGUGCUGGAGCUUCUCUUUUCGACUGCCAUGAAGACUCCAACGUUUUCCCCAGAGUGUUCGCGCCGCACGUCCUUCAUGUCUGCCAUCACCGAGUCGCCCUUCCCCAUGGACUGGCCAUGCGACGGGGGGGUUGCACCUGGGACUAUCGGUGGAGGCAGGGGGUUGGAGACACGACUGGAGGGGUUUAUGGGGCCUAUCUUUGCAACGCACGGUGUCGGCCCCAGCAUAUCCAUUGCAGAUGCUCUUCAUGAUGGGGAUCUUCAGAUCUACAUCAACUUUGUGUCACCUCUGUUUUCGCAACAAUUCAUGGCCAGUUUCAUACGACUGUUCGAACACUAUUUUAGGGAGGCCAUGUGCUAGUAAGUAGCAAGAUAAAUGUAUAUUUUUUGGAAUUUUCUGUUAGCAGGAAAAGUUGUGACUAAGGGAAAAUGUCGAGGGAUACAAAACUAGGGCUGUACUCGCUAAGAACUAGACUAGCUAGGCUAUAAACAAUAUGACCUAGCUAAUCUAUAUAGAUAUAUUUGUUGACACAUCCCC